AUGGAUGCAAUUUUAGCUAAUUUACCACCUAUAACCAAAGGUUGGUGUAUAGCAAUUUUGUCAACGGCAACCUUACUUUCAGCAAAUCGACUCAAAUUGGUUAAUUUAUUAUUUGUCCCCGAUAAAGCAUUGACUACCGAACCAUGGCGAUUAAUAACGUCAUUUUGUACAUUCAGAUCAUUAUCAAUUGAAUUAUUUCUAGAAGUGUUUUAUGUUGCUAGUUCUUGUGGACAAUUAGAAUCGAGAUUCACAACCGAAUUAUCCCUUUUCCCAACCCGUAUAAUUGAUCAAUUCAAUCAACAAGACAGAAACGCUCAAAAUCAACAUCAAGAACAAGGUGACAAUCAAAGACAAGGACAAAGACAAGGACAAGGCCAAAUCCUGCAAUUGGAAUUAUUGAGGAGUUUUAUUGAUCGUAACAAGUCGAUUGAUUUUUUAUAUUAUGUGGGUCAAAUUUGUUUAUCAAUAAUAUUUGUUGCCAGUUUAAUCCAUUAUAAAUUACAAUUUGUUAUACUUAAUUUAGGACAAAUCUUAUCUCAUUUGAUUAUUUAUAUUGAUACUCAAAAGACACCUAAUGAAUUAAUCAAUGUCAUGGGGUUGUUUACCAUGAAGAAAUCCUAUUAUCCAUGGUUAGUAGCAAUUGUCACUAUCAUAUUAAACCAUAGUGGUGGUGGUGGUCUUUUAGAUGCUAAUAAUAUUUUCAAUUCACCGUUAGUAUGGACUUAUAUUGUGGCUACUGGAUUAGGACAUUUUUGGUGGAUGGUAAGGGAUGUUUUAUUAUCAUCAAUUCAUUAUGAUUCAAAUGAUCGAAGAAGAUUAUUGAAACAGAAAUUAUUAAAUCGUCAUGGAAUUAUAAAAUUCGAUAUUAUCAGAGAAGGAUUAAUUUGGUUAUUAUUGCCACCUUGGUAUUGGGUGAUUCUCUCAAAGAUAAAACAAAGAAGGGCAUAA